UUUUUCUAAAAGACAAGCUUGAUGAACCAAUGAGCCGUUACUUCCUCCGCAACAUUCUCGUCUUCUCGAACACAACUACUUCGAACACCCACUUCGUAACUCGAACCAUGAGCUCAAUUCCAACACCCUCCCAUCGCCAAUUUCAACUCCGAGUUGACCCACUCACUGGCAACUCGGAAUGGGUUGUAAUUGAAGAACAAGAAUCACAAGUAGACAUGUUUACUGAACCCCUUUUGGCCACAACCUCGUACCUGGAUAUGCUUAAUGAUUCUCCGAGGAACAGGGCUUAUUGUGAUGCCAUUAACAAGACUGUUACUAAGCCUUGUCAUGUUCUUGAUAUUGGAGCUGGGACUGGAUUACUGUCUAUGAUGGCUGCACGAGCAAUGUCUUCCAGCAAUGACGCUACAUGCUCUACUUCAAAGGGCAUGGUGACGGCAUGUGAAUCUUACCUUCCUAUGGUGAAAUUGAUGAGGAAGGUUUUGCGUGCAAAUGGUAUGGAGAGAAAAGUUCGUAUUAUUAACAAGAGGUCAGAUGAAGUAGAAGUUGGUGUUGAUAUUGCUUCGCGGGCAGAUGUUCUUGUUAGUGAAAUACUGGACUCGGAGUUUCUAGGUGAAGGACUAAUUCCAACUUUGCAACAUGCCCAUGACAAGCUAUUGGUGGAUAAUCCAGAGACAGUGCCUUACCAUGCAACUACCUAUGGUCAGCUUGUUGAGUGUAAACAUUUUUGGAGGCUACAUGAUCUAGUCAACACCGAAGCAAAUGUGUCAGAUGGCAUACAUCUUGUCCCAACAGGGUUUGAGAAAAGUUUAUACGUCAAACCGCACCAGUUAGCCAUGCAUUGUGAUGCCCUGAAGGAAGAAAUGGAAUUGCUGUCAGAACCCUUCAAAAUAUUUGAAUUUGACUUUUCAAAAAGGCCAGACAGUUAUGGGGAGGCUGAGCUACAUGUAAAGGCAACUAAGGAUGGUACAAUUCACGCUGUUGUCUCAUGGUGGGUUCUUCAGCUUGAUCGUGAAGGAUCCAUAUUCUAUUCUACUGCUCCAAAAUGGAUAAGUUGUCCGUCCGACAUGAAUGGGUCAUUAGUCCCUGGUGCCAGGGAAUGGUGUGACCACUGGAAACAAUGUGUGUGGUUCACUCCAGAAAAAGGUUUGCGUGUAUGCACGGAUGAAGCAGUUCAGUUGCGUGCAAUUCAUACAGAUACUAGCAUCUCAUAUGAUUUUGGGACUCAAAGCUGUCUGAAAGAGGUUGGGUAUCAACAGUGUGCUGCUAGAAUUCAAAAAAGUCAGAUCGCUUUACCACCAGAAAGGAUGGCUAUCUAUGGAGACAACAGCUGGAGAUGUUCCUUUAUAAAAGUCUUAAGUAAUGCUUUGCGAAAAAAGAUUUCUUCUAUAUGUGUUGUUGCAGACGAUAGCAUUUUCUUAACUGUUGCCAUCGCCCAUCUCUCGGAUACAUCAAACGUGCUCUCAUUCCUUCCUGGGUUACGGGAGCAGGGUGCUCGAUACUUGGAAGAUGUUUCAGUUGCAAAUGGUUACUCGAUGGAUCGAGUAGCUGUCUUGAACAAACAAUCGCAACUAACUCUGCAUGAUACUCAUGAAAGAUUGGUUGACUUGUUUAUAGGAGAACCAUUUUACUACGGAGGUGAUAACAUGCUUCCAUGGCAUAAUUUACGAUUUUGGAGUGAACGAACCAAGUUUAAUUCCAUCCUCUCUGAAGAUGUGCUAAUAAUGCCUUGUAAAGGAAUUUUAAGAGCUUGUGCUAUGUCACUACCGGAUCUUUGGAGAAGUCGUCGGAGCCUGAAAGAGAUAGUAGGUUUUGAUCAUUCAGUUGUAAAUGCAACAUUAGGUGCAUGUGGUGAUUUACCUGCUUCAGAAGAAAGUCCCUUUCUGCCCUUUACUAUUUGGCAGUGUGGAGAUGUUAAGAGGCUUAGUGAAGUUUUUACUGUCAUGGAGUUCGACUUUAUGAAGCCGAUACAUCCAUGCUCUGGGACAGUCGAGGCGAAAUUCACAGUUUCAGGAAUUUGCCAUGGAUUUGUACUUUGGAUUGAUUGGGUUCUGGAUGCAGAAAAUUCUGUUGUGAUACCAACAGGACCAGAUCAAAGAUAUUGGAAGCAGGGAGUGAAACUCUUGAGCGUACCAGUUGAGGUUGAAAAACAGGGAUCUGGCGCGGAUAAAUGCUGCUUGACAAUAAUUAGCACAUCGUUUGACCCUAUAAGUGGCGAAAUGGAGCUUAAACACAUCUUCUCAUGAACAAAUUUUAGUUCAUGUUUUGUAGGGGGCACCCAGUGAUUGCUCAGUGACCUAAAACGAAACAGGAGGAAUAUGUUAUAGAAUCUUUUUUCCGGUAUAUUUUUGUUUGUUGUUUCGGAAAGAGCAUUUCCGAGAAUAUCUGGGUUGGCUAGAUAUAUGCUCUCUCCUUCCAACUAAUUUUGUUAUCAUUCA